UGAUAUAGUGUUUGUCUGCCCACUGACGAGUAUGAAUAUGCGGUUGUCUAAAUGCUGCAACGUAACCCAGCUUUUAGUUAGACAUGGAACCCAUCGACGAGUUCUUUGGUUCGUUUGAAGGUGGCGAUUAUAACAUAGUCAAGGAAACCAAAUCUAAGAAAAAGAAUAUCAAGAAAGUAAAGUCCACGAAGUUAUCUGCAGAAAUAGAAGAGUCAGAUGAUGAACCAGCUGGCAAGGUAAGUAAGCUUUUGCAUGGGGAAGAUGAAGCUUUCGCAAAGUUUUUGGAAAAUGAAGAUCCCAAUUUACUAAAUGUCGAAGAUGGGGAUCUAGACGACAGUGAAGCCGAAGCAGAUGAAUCCGACCUAGAUAAGAAAGAGUCGGAGUUUGUCGGAGAUGAAAAUGACGCCGAUGAUUUUGACGAUGCCGAUGAACCAGAUGAUGUUGUCGAUCAAUCACUAAUCAGAGGAGUGAAAAAGUGGACCAAGUUGUUUGAGAGUAAUUCGGCUACUAUAGCAACCUGCAGAAGUCUUAUGCGUGCCUUUGUUCAGGUUUCGUCACCCAUGGUUGCUGCGUAUGGAUCAAAUGCGUCUAAACUGAAAAUUGCCUCUGGCGAGAACCACGAAGCAGAUGAUUUACUUCUGGCUUCGAUCGUGGAUCUGGCAGCAUUGCACUUGAAACCAACUUUGAAUAAACUACUGGGAACAAAAGUGGCCGAUAAGAGAGAUAUGCCUUAUAACAGCCUUCCCAAAUGGGUCAACAUUGCGACACCUCUGAACAAAUAUUUCACAUCGUGUAGUAAAAUUGUGGAAGCGUCUCUUCAGCAGCCUCUGACAUAUAAGAUAUUGAAGCAUCUCCUUGUCAUGAGGAAUUACCUGAUGUGUUACCCGAAAGUUGUGAACCAGGUUGUGAAAGUCGUUUCCGAAUGCUGGGCGGAUAGAUCGAACCAUGAACUUGAAAUCAGUUCAUUUCUUUUACUUGAACGAAUAGCGAAGCUAGACAUGGAACAAUACUACCAAGAAAUUGCGCGGAAAGCGUUUUCGGCUUAUUUGAAAAAAGCAGCAGCAUCGUCAUUAGAAACACUGCCAAAAAUAGCCUUCAUGCAGCAAUGCUUAGUGCAGCUUUUUGCAUUGGAUAUCAACUUCACUUAUAAACAGGCUUUCGACUCUCUGAAAUCAAUUGUUCUAUUGGUUAAAGCAGUCACUAUUGACAAGAAAAAAGAAAUGCAACCAGAACUGUGUUCUUGGAAGACUGUGCACACGUUGUACUUGUGGGUAUCUUUGUAUGGGUCAAUUAAAAACUAUGGGAUCUUGAGCUCGCUUGUGUAUCCAAUUGUGGAGACUAUCAAAGAAAUCAUUUCAUACGCUUGUGGUCCUAGAUUCUACCCAUUAAGAUUCCACUGUGUUGACAUGUUGACAAUGUUGGCCAAGAGCACCGGCAAGUUCAUUCCCAUUUUCCAACAUAUUCUUGACAUUUUCUCGCAGACUGAUUUCAAUACAAGGCCGAAGAAGCUGAGUGUUCGGCCUUUUAACCUCUCGGGAACUGUUCGCUUCUCGGAGAGUGAUUUGACCGAAAAGGGAUUCCUCGAUUGCAUCACAGAACGCAUGUACAGAUUGAUUCUUGAGGUCAUGAACUUACAUGCAUACAGUAUAGCUUCACCCGAACUGUUUCUUAUGCCUAUUGUCCAUAUACGGAAGUUUUUGAAAGUUUGUGAGAACAGAGAAUACUGCCAGAAAUUUAAACAGUUAGUCGAGAAAAUGGAAGAAAGUGCCCAGUUUAUAGCCAGUGAAAGAGAAAGGGUAACAUUUUCAGUACAAGAUGCGGAUGAAAUCAAAAAGUGGGAACAAAGUAUGGAAAAAGAGGGAAAGUCGUGCAUUUCGAAGUUUUACAAAAAGUUUGUAGAAAUUGAAGCAAAAAACAAAGCAGCAAAAAAUCUGUCUUAUUCCAACAGCGACAAUGAAAUGAAGUCAUAUAAAAAGCAGAAGAAGUAUUUCAAGACGAAUCAUUCAAUGAUUUCAAAAAAGAAAGGCAAGAAAAAAGGUGCUAAAAAUGUGUGAGCCAAGCUUGUAGCUUAAUUUUUUCUCUGAAAUUCGAAACUUGCGAAAACUUGUUUUUA